GGCAACCGUGUAGUGAAAUCAAUUGUGACGUUGCUUUCGCUUAAAAUGAAAGAGUUCAUGUGAUAGUGAAGCUGUUACGAUGGCUGAAGAGUGUCAAACUCCAGCCGUACUCCCAGUUUCGUGCUCUUUAACCUCUAUUUCGUUGGGGGAUGAUCUUCCAAUGUGCCGAAUAUGUCACAACACUGGCGGAGAACAAAACGAAUCUUUACAUAGAGUGUGCUGGUGUAAAGGAACCAUGGGGGAGGUACACAAGUCGUGUUUAGAGACGUGGUUAAGUGCUGUGUACACCGACAGAUGCCCGAUCUGCAAUUACCACUUCCGCACGAAAAGAAUUUUCAAACCGAUAAGACAGUGGCAAUGUCCUCCGAUGCCUGCAAACGACAUUGCUAUGUUGGUGUUUACAGUGGUAUUUUUUGGAAUGUUUUUCGUUCAACUUACUGGCAUGGCCAUCUUAGUCAGUUACUACGAACAACAGCCCACUUGCCACACAACAGCGAGUCUGGGAAUUGCUGGCAUUGGUACAGGACUCCCAUUUUUCUUGGCAUUUUCUAUAGGAUUGACAAUGAAUAUCUACUUCUCACGUUACUGGGCUCACUGGCGAAGAACGAACAAACACGUGAUUGUAUAUUUGGACAGCAUCGAGGAAGUAGUGGUUGCUUAAACGUUUGAGUGAAUGGUCCUAAUUGUAACUAUUCAAUAAACACAUUUUCAUAUUUGUUUGAUCUUACAUAAUUGCAAAUUUGU